AUGCAUUUCGUUUCACGAUGGCCUUCUUUUGGAUUCAUUUUUUUGUUCCUGAUCAUCCACACAGCGGACGCCCUCUUUCCUCAACGACCGCUGCCGCCGGUGCCGGACCGCAAGUUCGUGGGCAAUAAGCCGGUCCACGUCUGCAACGGCUCCGAGCCCAACACCGGCGUUGCCUACUUCGACCAGCUGCUCGACCACUCCUCCACCAAAGCGUCCAGCUGCAAGCCCCAGCGCACGUUCAAGCAGCGCUACUUUUGGUCCAAUGCCACCUGGGGCGGGCCCGGCUACCCCGUCAUUGUCACGACGCCGGGCGAGACCGCGCUCGAUCCAUACUGCAGCUUCCUCUUCCCACCUGCCCUCGUGGCCCAGAUUGCCGCGCGUGUCCACGCUGCCGUCCUCGUCGUCGAGCACCGCUACUAUGGCGAGUCGUCGCCGUUUCCGCGGUUGACGACACAGACGCUACAGCAACUGACGCUGCACAAUGCCAUCCAUGACAUGACGUACUUUGCGCGCAACGUGCAGCUGCCGUUUGAUUCCACAGCCGGCACCAGCAAGCGAAGCAACGCACCGAAUGCGCCCUGGAUCUUGUCUGGUGGCUCGUAUGGUGGCGCACUCGCCGCAUGGACGGCCUCUCUGGCUCCCGACACCUUCUGGGCCUACCACGCAUCCAGCGCCCCCGUCCAGGCCGUCUACAACUUUUGGCAGUACUUUGAGCCCAUCCGUACCGGUAUGCCCGCCAACUGCAGCCGCGACCUCGCCGACAUCACGGCAUACGUCGACUACGCAACGACGACACUGCCACCGGCUGCCUUGGCCGCCUUCAAGGACGAAUGGGGUCUCGCGGAGCUGAGCGACCCGAUUGACUUUGCCAGCGCCUUGGUGAUAGCCACGCAGACAUGGCAGGACAAUAGUCUCAAUACAAACUACACGCAGUUCUACCAAAUGUGCGACGCCAUUGAAGGAUACGGGACUGGGAUCCUAAAUGCAUCCUCCUCCGGCAAGAGCAGCCGCGUCACACGAGCCGUCCGGGCCAACACGGACAUUGCCACGAAGGUCUCCAACGUCGCCAAGUUCUUCAAGAAUAAGGUUCUCCCUGGAUGUGCGUUGAGACAGGCCCACCCCUACUUCACAAUGAUGUCCGCAACUAACUACUGUUCAUGUACAGUCUGCUACGACAUGUUUGGAUACGACGAGUACGCCCCGCACAACAACACCAAAGCGCCAGUGACCGCCUGUUUGAACAGCAUGAAUACCAGUAGUAUCCUUUUCACCGACAGGGCCGUCAACAACUCGUAUGCCGUACAGUGGACCUGGAUGCUCUGCAACGAACCCUUUGACUACUACCAGACCGGCUCGACGCCACCGGGGGUUCCCGCCAUUGCCUCGCGGCUCUUGACACCCGAAUACUUCCAGCAACAGUGUGCUGUUUUGUUCGGGCCGAACAGCGCCGAGUUCCUGCCGACCCUGGCUGCUGGUGGAGGGCAACAUCCGGCGAGCGUUGGCGCCAUCGCAGCCCAGGACAACACAUACGGCUCCGCUACCGGCAAGACCGUAGACCUGCUGAACGCUGUCACAGGCGGGUGGGACUUUAAUGCCAAGCGUGUCCUCUGGGUCAACGGCGAGUUCGAUCCGUGGCGUCCCGCCUCCGUAUCGAGCACCUUCCGGCCUGGGGGUCCCCUCCAGUCGACGCCCGACUCGCCCGUCAUUCUCAUCAAAGGCGGCCGGCACUGCGAGGACAUGAAUACUAGGAGUAAUGGAACCUACAUGGCCACGGUCCGUGCCCAGGAGGUCGCCCAUUUGGCGAGGUGGGUGGACGACUUUUACGAUGCAACGACCCAGCCAGGCCAGAACCGGACGGUGCCCAGGCUCCUGACAAAGAAAAGCCAGUAG